AGAGAGCGACUGCACAAAGGGGCUUAAAAGAGGAAUGCAAUUGCACCACGUUCCACUAACCGACCACCGUGCAGUGUGCUUGUUACCAAACCUUUCAUUUUCCAUUCACAACACAAAAAUCUAUCAUUCAUGAUCAUGGCUCACCCCGGCUCAGCUUUUUGGUCCACUCGACACGAAACAACCCCAUCCGCCGUCCCCACACCGAAUUAACAUACAGGGACACACCUCUUGGUCACUGUAUGUUAUAUAUAUAUCUCGUUUCCAUACCUCUUGACGCAAUUCCCUCCGCUCUCUCUUCUCACCCUGUUUCUCUGCGUCCUCUGUAGCCAUCUCCCAACUCAUCUUCUCCAUCUCCUUCAGUUGCUUCACUUCAAAUCAAAAUGGGUAAUUGCCUUGCCCUUUGCGACCCCUGCUCUGGCUCUGCUUUGGCCCAGCAGGGUACAAUCGUCAGGGUAACCAAACCCGACGGAAAGAUACUUGAAUUCAGAACUCCCGUUGUUGUGAGGCAGAUCCUGGAAGAUUUUCCUGCUCUGAUCCUUUGUGUGUCGAAGGAAGCCUCGGAUCCUCUCUCCCCGGAUCACGAAUUGAAGGCUGGAAGGUUGUAUUACUUGCUUCCAAAUCUUUCUUCUCCUGGAAACACGAACGCAGGUAGUGGGAUGAAAAGGGUCAAAAUCGUUAUCACGAAGCAGCAGCUCGAGCAGUUGGUCGCAAAACAGAUUUCCUUAGAGGACGUACUGUCCGACGUCCAAAGCAGGACUCUUGAUUUACCAUGCAGUUGGAGACCACAACUGGAUUCCAUACCUGAAGGAAAUGAGUAACAUAAAUAUAUCAAAACAAAUCAAAUACUUUUUUGUUCUUGGUUUCCUUUUUUGGCUGUUCGGUAUUGAACCUUUUCUUCUGCUCCUUCCUUUCUUUGUUUCUGUUUGUGACGGUUAAUGUAAUACUUUGGGUUGUUUAGUGGCAUUGACGAAGAAGGGAGGAAGGGAAAGGAAAACAUGGAACCUUGUGUAUGUAUGUGUGAAUCAAACAUGGAGCCAUGCUUUCGACCGCCCUGCAGCUGUUAGGUUUGUGAUUCAUAACUAACAGAUGUAUAAAUGAAGGGCACAAGAUUACAAAUUCACAACUCUUCAACCUA